AUGUUUGGCCCUGAUGUCCUCGCUUUUGAUGUGGGGCUGAUUAUUGGCAGGGUGUUUUUAGUUGAACUCAUUGUCUGUGGCAUUCUUACUCUUUUCUUCCUAUUUUACUUCAAUAGGCUCUUUGCUACCAUUGUUUCGUAUCCCAUCCGAGCCUAUACCUGGCAUUACUACGGGGUUUAUAUCGAUAUCCAUGCGCUUCAAAUUUCCCUACUCGGCGGAAGGAUAUUUUUCAAAGGAUUUCGCUAUCACGGAGAGAAUGAGACGAUAUUGGUACAAUCAGGUUACCUGACAUGGAAGUAUUGGCUUCGGUCCGUACGUAAGGUUGGUUUGGCUCGAAAUCACGAAGAUGGUCCGGAAUUCUCGAGAGAGCAGGUGGGAGAGUCUGAUUCGGAUGAAAGCACGCAAAGCCCAAACCCCAGCACCAGCCAGCAGGGCGGUGCCACUAAGAGAAAUAGCCUGCCUUGUCGGUUGGAAUUGACAAUCCAGGGUCUUGAGUGGUUUGUUUAUAACAGGAGUGCUGCCUACGAUACUAUUCUCUCUGGCUUUGGAUAUACUCCGAGAAAGGAACCUGAUGGUAGCGACAAUGGCCGAAGUGAUCAUGCUACUGGAAAGAAUAAUGAGAGAUCGGAAUCACGUAACUCAGCGCAAACAGGUAGUGGAUCAACUGAUAACAAGGAUUGUUCACAUCCCACCUCUCGCAUUGAAUCGGCUACUUCACGUCCGAGCCAGUCUGAACCGUCAACGUUAGCCAAUCGCACUCGCAUCCGUUUAUUUCGUAAAGAAUCGAAUUCGGAAGAAGCUUUAGAUUCCUCUUCGGCCAGCUCAGCAAAAGACGCGUCACGUUCCAAACCGCUGGCUCUGCUUCCCCUGGAGUUAGUUUGCACUAAAGGAGCUAUGGUUAUUGGUAACGAAAACACAAAAACGUUUUUGACCGCAAAGUUUGAAAGUGCUUGUGGGCACAUUGAUGCUAGCAGCUCUGGCCCGCUAGACAUGUUCAGACAUGUAUUUGAAUUUCGCCUAUGCCACCCUGUAGUUCAGAUGAAACCCAAUCCAGACUUUAAACAAUCCCAGCAAGCUACUGCCAGCGGGCUGCGAGCAGCGAAAGGAGACCAAGAAAGAGGGAGAAACCCAAGGGACCUUCAUUCGAGAUAUCAACACCACAGACGCAGGAUAUGGCACAAUGUUCGUGACCUGAUCCCAUAUUUCCAGACUUCAGUCGAGUCAUUCCACGUAGGUGCGGGAAGAGAAACACGUGGAGCAUGUUCUAGUCCUCCAGCAAAAACGGGGUUGCCAGGUGAAUCUCGUUGGCUCGGGUUGACUCGAUACCUUGACGAAGAUGAUCGAGAUGCACAUGAGGGUUGGAGCGCUAUCGAAUAUGGCCGAUUCUCUACCAUAAUCGAUUGCCCCAACCUGCUCCUCAAUUAUUAUUGGGAUGUGCCGGGGAAAGUGCCAAGGGGCGGAAUGCAUUCGCAACUUUCAGUUCAUAAACUUUCUGAUGAUAUCAAUGGUGCGGAUCCCCCCGAGUGGGGUAUGCAACUGUGCAUUGGGGGCGGAACUAUUAACUAUGGCCCCUGGGCGGACAGGGAACGUGUGUGUAUCCAGACGGUAUUUUUCCCAAACCUUUACCGAGAUUCACAGCCAUCUCCACCCCUUGAACCCUAUACGCCUCGUCAAAGCACCAAGUUUAAAUUAACCAUCAACAUCGAGAAAGAUACUACCUUGCGGAUUCCAACCAGAGAAGCGUCCAAAGAUUGGUUGUGGAAAGAUCGGGUUGAUGCUGUUGGGGGACUUUCCAAAUCGCAAAACCGGAAAGACAAAAAACAUCCACGAAAUAAGGACGCCGAAAAAAGUACCCAUGGCCCCGAUAUUAGGCCCUUUGGUUGGUUUGCCAUCCGGAUAGCGGCAAAUUCCACAAUUCGAUAUUCAAUGGACAUGGUCGCUUCAAGCUCAGGGUACCAAAAUCAGUUGGACCUUCACCUGAGCGGGAGCAGGGUGACAUCUAGUGUAAACCAUGGUCUAUUGUGGACCUCUGGGGUGCAGAUGAUUUCUUUCGACUUGUCGAAUCCGUUGGAGUGGAAUAUCCGGCGCUCCUGGUCCAUCAACAUUGACAGCGAAAACUUAGAACUUUUCUUAUUACGAGACCACAUUUUCCUCCUGAUAGAUCUAGUGAAUGACUGGACUUCGGGACCUCCCCCCGACUUUUAUACAUUUGUGCCUUUCCGUUACAACAUUGACUUUUGCUUCACGAACUUCAAGCUCUUUUUGAACGUCAACGAUUCAAACAUAAUAAAUAACCCAUCCGAUACUAAUGACAACUCUUUCCUCGUCAUACACAGCGAGCGCCUGACCUCCCACGUCAAUAUCCCUGUCGAGAAAUAUAAACCAAAAAGCAAUGCUGUAGGAUUCGAUGUUAAUUUGUCAAAUGGAUCAAUCGAAUUGAUGACACCAUUGUGGAACACGCAGCGCGCCUUUCUCCACGAUAACUCCGUUGCGACGCUCAAAAGGAUGGGCUUAACAGGUAGUUACAAGUAUAAUCUUGAAACCUCGUCAACCCUAACGGAUAGGUUAACACUCGAUAUAGUCGGUGUUUCGCCUAAGCUUUAUCUCUAUGGAUUUUUAAUACGGCACUUUUUAAAAAUAAAGGAGAACUACUUCGGCGAAUACCUUCAUUUCAAAACCUUGGAAGAAUAUCAAGGCUUACUCGCUACGGCUCACACGCCGGAAGAGAGUGGUGGCAUGAAUCCUUCACCGAAAACAAACGAUCUUGACAUCUUUAUCCAGGUUCACGCAGACAAUGGCAGCAUUUUUCUACCCGCCCAUAUCUAUGACCGUACAAAUUGUGUGAGAAUAGACACUGUAACUUUCGAUACCGAUUUGAGGUUUACAAAUUAUUACAUGGACAUGGAAACAUCAUUUGGCCCGGCGGAAUUUGUUAUAGAUUCAGCUCAACCCGAUGGUUCCCAUUUUUCCUCAAGUACUCAGUUAUUUCUGGAUGGUUUAUCUAUCUACGGUCAUCGCCUUUUCGGGCUGCCUCCUACCGAACCAACUUAUGUUUGCAAUUGGGAUUUUCAAGUUGGAUACAUUGUCGGAGAAUGCACUCCUUCGUUUCUAAAAUAUGCUGCAUCAGCAGUAAAUUUUCUGGCAUUUUCUUUCGACGAUGAGGAGAAUGCACUACCCCCACUCCACCCCAUCGAAAUCCAUGAUGUGACGUUUGUGCGAGCCAGAGUGAAUCGUAUACGGACUUGGGUCCUAGUCGAGGAUUCCGCCAUAUUGUUCAACUGUGGAGUUAUCAACCUUGACUUCAAUGAUUGGGCGGACAUGAACUUUUCUUCGCGGCUCAACCUAAAUUUGCCCGAUCUUAUUCUCGCUGUAGUAGAUCGAAACGCAGCUAUUCGACUGCGAGAGCCCUCGCGAGAGACGGUCAAGACCUAUGGAUAUUUCCAAACGUCACUAUUCUUCAGGAUGAUGGAACGCAAAUCGGACUUUUUCGUUUCCCGUGGUCUUCAACAAGAGCAUAUCCGCGUACAUGAUCAGCGGUCCAAUAGGACACCUUGGCUACUUCAUAAUGUUGAAAAUACAUUAGCGCAGCUUUCUCUAAAUACUACCAACUAUAAGGUCAGCCCACCCGCCAUGCCUGUACCGCUUAUGCCUGAACCGAUUCAAUCGAUUCCUAAAUUUUACGAAGACUCCUCCAUUUCGUCAUCCCCAUUUCCGUAUAUAUCGAGUGGAAAAAGCUCGAUACGGUCUUCUCGAUCUUCUGGAUCGAAGCGGGGAAACUUCCCAAACUUUAGCCGCGUGCCGCCCUACGGCUCUGAUGUUACGGAUGCUACAGUUGCAUCUAGACGCCAAACCACUCACAGCUUCGAUGGAGCACGGGGACCGAACAACAUAUUAAGCCCCACUAACAGUAUAUCCAGCCCAUGGGCCAUUCCGAACUUCCAUUUCAAUGGGAUAGAACCUGAUAUUGGCGGCGUUCCCAUGUUUCCCAACUCGGACGAUAUUCCAGAACGGAGCGAGUGGGACCUGGGCAGUAAUAUCACACUUGAUUCUGGAUCAAAAUAUGAAAAUGCUACCCAGGUCUUUUUCCACUAUGAAUUUAAACGUGGUCUACGUGGCUUGGGCUCCCCAGAGGCUCUUUCCGCUAUAUCUUCGCUUUUCGAUGAACUACAGCCAGCUCAUCCAGUUGAUAUCAUUGACAAUCUCCAGGCCGGUGUCAUUUCAAGCAUUUUAGCGCAUGAAAAAGCAAUUGCAGGUCCCAAGAAAAUAUCCAACUUUUCGCUCGUUUUCCCCCGCUUGCAUAUUCGAUUUAUCAAUUCAUCUAAGUCAAUGGAUGUAGACCAAUUGGGAAACUUCCGUGACCAGUAUGACUUAAAGCUUGCUCAUAUUAGUUCCACGUUUCGCACCGCUGUCGAAAGCAAACGGGGUGGCCAUGUACGACCUCCCAAGACAGACUUCACGAUGCAUUUAGCGGCUGAUGAAGUUUCACUAUCAGCUCAUGGAGAGCAAAUGGAAGCGCUUGAUCGUAAAGGCUUGGUACACUGUACAUUGAAAAACAUAAUUUGCUGGUCAGCGUUCGAAGAAGAGACGCAGCGCUCUCAUAUUCAGAUUCAAGAUAUCGAAACCGCAACCUCAAGCAAAUCCGUCCAAGACUCGGCAUUCCUGAUUGACCGUACUACCAACCUAGUCGACUCGAUUGUGGCACCUUUUCAAAAAGCCUCCGCAGCUUACACAAGACGACUUCGCUGCUUGGUCUAUACUCUUACUAGCCACGGCUCCCAAACACCUGAUCCGUUGUUUCUGACACGGACGUCAUACGUGCUACGAGCCGCUCAGGAUCACUUAAGACUUCAUGAUUCCUGGAAAAUCAUUUCUCGAUUGCGGAAUAUCUACAACUGCUUACCGGCUGACCAAACCUCGAAGUUGGCUUGCGAUUGCAUAACCAAUACGAUUUCAUGCCCACCAGAUGCUCAAACUACUGUAUUAUCCAACUUUGAUCGCUGGAGAACCUGGGAUCUUUCCCAUGUCAAAAACAGCGCUGUGAUGAAAGUAAUUUGGGGGAAUUUGGAAGAGGGAAAUGCUAACUCUCGUGAACCGGCAAACCAAACCUUCACUUUAAAUAUGAAUAGGAUAGGGUUUUGUUUAGACCCUGGCCCGAAGGAAAGUAGAUUAUCACUUCAGGGUUUCUCGACUUCGCUGAACCUCGGAAUAAGUCCGUUAAAGCAACAAACUGCAGGCGGACCUCACAGCCGGUAUAUAGCUGUACAGACGUUCUGCUCUAAUAUAUCCCUGGGACUUAAAUGGGAAAUUUGUGAACUUGUUGAGGGGAUCCUUGAAAUGGUAUCAGGACGACAGAAACAAACUGCGCCACCGGCCCAGGUUCCACAUGAUGCCGGGCCGGCCGCUAAGACUGACGAAAUUCAGUUUGUUUUCCUAGUUGAUGAUGGAUCAGUCGUUGUUGACGGAAUCAACAUUAAUGUCUCUCUGCGAGGUAGUGGCAUUAAAGGUUCAGUGAUCCAUCAGCCUUCCAGGCAAGAUUCAAGAAGUUCUACAAGUGUGGUUGUCAGCUCCGAUGAGUCUUCUGUUCAAUUUAGUAGCCGCUUAAAAGACCUGAUGAUUUGGAGGCUAAUGUGCCCCAAUGUUUUCGUAUCGCACACCUCACAAGUCAGCGGGGCUCGUGUUAAACAUGACUGGAAAUCCGCAGCUGCGUGCCGGCAGUUACUCUAUGAUAUGAACGAAGAUCCCCUUGGUAUGGUUCAAGUGGUUGAUCGAAUUGUGGAGGAUGAAGUCAAAUAUAUUAUUGAGUUGAUUUCUACGAUCGAAUCAUCACAAUCAGAGCGCGAAAUACAUUCUACCACGGCUAAGAAAAUGAUUAUCCAUCGAUUCCAUGUUGCAAUGUUUUUGGAUGAUUACCAUGUACGAUUUUUACUCCUUCCGUCAUUAGUUUACUCUAUUUCUGGAAAGGUCGCUAGACUCUCUAUCGCCCCUGCGAAGGGUUCCAAAUUAGAACUUGACUUUGACCUGAAGAAUAAUUCACACAAGUUCUGGACAGAUAAUGAGGCGGAUUCGAGCAUCAUUUCUGCCCUUGAUAUCCCUCCUAUCAACGGCCGUAUCAUUGUUGAGACAUCUCCUAAUCAAACAUCUUUGGAUAUCGAUAUAACCAUGGAACUCACCAAAGUCGAUGCUGGAGCUGUCCGGUUCACAUUGGCUGGUGUCGAUAUUUUUGCAACUGCUCCUGGUUUGAGUAGUAAGGAUUACUCUGCGGACAUGAACUUUAAAGUGGGCUUGGUGCAAUUCCAUUUAGAAAAUGCUUCUCUCAAUGGACCCGUUCUUCAAUAUCCUGAAUUCAACCUCCGUCUAUCUCGCAUUAGUUUCGAUCUCAAGAAACGCGAUGAGGUGCAUACAAAUCCUUAUGGUAGCUUACUGCUCGACGCUCAGAUAUUGGGAACUUCAAGGACCAAUGAUGGUGGUGAUGUUGUGCGAUCAUAUGAUGUAAUCAACAAAAGUUUGCAAAUCGAACUAUAUGCCGAGACUGCAAUGAUGAUUGUUGAUAUUGCGGCCCACCUUCAAGAGAGACUGAAGACUCUCGAUUUAUCGCAGGAGGUCAAACAUCUCAGGAGACUGCGACUGAUCACUGCACCAGAAAGGAUGUCGUCCAUGGAGACCUGUGGCGAGCAAGCCGAGACUCAAAAUCUGUUCAAUGCCAUGUACUCAGUUGUGCUCGCUAAUAUCCAAGUGAGCUGGAUCAUUUCCACGCCAGCCCCCACUCUCCAAGGAAGACAACCAGAAAAUCUCGUCUUUUCCAUCCGGAAGGUAGAGCUGGCAACUAAAAGACAAAGCGCCGCCCGUCUAAGAAUUGAAGAUUUGCAACUUCAAAUGGUUCCUCUACAGAUGGAUAAGACGAAAAGGUCACGAAAUUCUGCUCUUCUACCCGAGGCCGUGUUCAACGUCGCGUACCUCUCCAAUGGAAGGGAGCGCCGACUGGCAUUUCAAGCCGCGGGGAAAGAGUUGGAUAUUCGAGUGACAUCAGAAUUCAUUCUGCCAGCACGGAUUCUUCAGGAUUCGAUCGCAUUAGCCAGCGACAACCUGCGCAAAGCAAACAAGCUUUGGAGUGCUGCGAUCCCUCUGGAAAAGAAAAAGACAACAUCUAGCACAAGUAUUACUAGGCUCGCUUCUCUACUCAUCGAUGCUGAUUUUUCCGGAGCCGUCGUCAGUUUGCAAGGUCGGCAGGACGAUGGGACGACAAGCGCUGCUUCAACAACGACUCGAAAUUCUCGAGCGUCUGGUGGAGGCAAAUACGGCCAGUAUAUCCCGCAGGAUGCUGAAACCACAGCAACGCUGCGAGCUCCCGGGGUAGCGUUAAAAGUCCAGUACGAAGACUCUGGCGAUGGGGAGCCCACCUUAAAUGCGGAAAUGAAGGUCGAUGCCUCCACCAAUGUCCUCUACCCCACUGUUGUUCCUCUGAUCACCCAGAUAUCUGAGAGUGUGAAAGAAGUUGUUGGAGAAUCAGACGGAACGAACGACUUCUCCGAUAACAGCCAACAACCUGCCCAAAAGUCUUCACUUGAGAGACCUCUGGGCACAAAUGACCCUACAACCAUCCUUGGGCGGUGCAAGUUAAAUAUUGGUCUGCGGAUUUGCAGGCAGGAAUUCACCUUAAGCUGCCAACCAAUCGCACGGGUUUUGGCUACUGCACGUUUUGAAGACAGCUAUAUUACAGUCAAUACUGUCCAAUCAGCAGAGCAGAGGCGGUUUUUUGCUAUGGCUUUGGCGUUUAACUCGUUACAUGCUUCGGUCAAGCAUGUAUACUCCAGCGAAUCCACGGCUAGCUUGACAGUUGACUCUAUUGUUAUGUCAACGAUAAAUAGCAAGCACGUCAGCUCUAACAAUGGGAUUUCGGCAAUCCUGAAGAUCAGUCCUACAGGGCUUCACGUGAAUGCCAAACAAGUUCAGGACUUUCUUCUGUUCCGGGAGAUAUGGGUUCCGCCUGAAGGCCCACCGACCCAACGGCCAGCUAACCCCCAACCCGCUACGGAUACGCAUGCAUACCUCGUGCAGCGCUACCAGCAAAUGGCUGCCACUGGCUCUUUUCCUUGGAAUGCUGUAAUUGCGAUAACGCAGCUGGAUAUUUGCCUUGAUCUAGGCCAGACUUUAGGUAAAUCGGAUUUCGCCAUCAAAGGUUUAUGGUUAACGUCGAAGAAAACGUCUGAUUGGGAGCAAAAUCUCUGCAUUGGAUUUGAGGAAAUCGCUAUUGAAAGUAAGGGUCGGCUAAGCGGGAUCAUUGGGUUGCACGACUUUAAGAUUCGAACGUCUAUCCAAUGGCCAGACAGCGAUCAAAAAGCAUACCAGACUCCCUUGAUCCAGGCAUCAGCAAGGUUCAAUCAACUAGAGGCGAAAGUAUCCUUCGAGUAUCAACCAUUCUUGGUGGCGGAUAUAUCGUCGUUCGUGUUUUUCAUGUACAACGUUCGGAAUACAUCUGUAUCGCAGAAGGAUUAUCUUGUCAGCAUUCUGGAGGGAGAUAGAGUUCAAAUAUUCUGCACCUCAUUUACUGCCUCGCAAGGCUUAGCUCUAUACCAAGCACUCCAACGAUUCGUACAAGAGAAACAGACCGCGCAUCAAUCCUCCUUAAAGGAAAUUGAAAGAUUCCUGCGUCGCAAAUCCACAAUCGGCUUCGACGAGCUUCUUCAGCAACCAGCAGCAGAUGCUCCAUUGGCAAAGAAAGCCGACGACGAUGACCAGAAAAUGCCGAUAUCGCUACACACCGAAGUGGUUGUAAUUCUCAAAUCCAUCAACCUCGGCGCGUUCCCGGGUACGUUCCACGACCACCAGAUCUUCAAACUGGUAGCUCUGGAUGCCGAAGCGCGUUUCUCCGUCGCAGCUGAAGAUGGACGAAUCCACAGCGGACUUGGGCUCACACUCGGCCAGCUCAAGGUAGAACUUUCCAGCAUCAGUCGGCCCACGGGAGCCCCACCGCCAGCACCUGAAGACCUCUCAGUACACGACAUCGUGACGCGUGCCGACGAAUCCCGCGGCGGGACGAUCUUAAACGUACCCCGUGUCCUCGCAAGCAUGGAAACCUGGCAAACACUCCACUCGAACCAGAUCGACUACAUCUUCAAAAGCUCCUUUGAAGGUAAAGUCGACGUUGGCUGGAACUACUCGCGCAUCAGUUUCAUUCGGGGCAUGUGGACGAACCACACCAACAGCCUUGCCAGCCGGCUGGGGAAACCGCUGCCACAGCCGACGGUGCAGAUUACGCGCAAACGCGACGAGGGUGGCGAAGGCGGGGAGGAUACGGGUCAGGUAAAAAUCACGGCGGUAGUCAAUGUGCCGCAGUCGCGGUAUAUGUAUACAGCGCUAGAGCCGCCGGUGAUCCAGACGCCGCAGCUGCGGGAUAUGGGAGAAGCGACGCCGCCGCUUGAGUGGAUUGGGUUGCAUCGGGAUAAGCUGCCGCAUAUCACGCAUCAGAUCCUCAUUGUGACGUUGAUGGAAAUUGCGAAAGAUGUGGAGGAUGCGUAUACGAAGAUUUUGGGGUCGGCAUAA